GUACGAAUAAGGUUCGUUUUUGUGUGAAAAAUUGUAGUUCUUUGGUUUAACACCAAUUUUUUCGGCACUCGUCACUUUUGAGUCGGCCAAGUGAUACAGGCAAGGCUAUAAAAAUGUUGGGUCGAUUUGGAAAAGUAACCCCCCUUGUAACACAAAAUGUGCAGCUUCAGCCACAGUGUGGAAUGGCCACCUUAAAGGCCAUUUCCAUCCGUUUAAAGUCCGUCAAAAAUAUCCAGAAGAUCACCCAAUCUAUGAAGAUGGUGUCGGCUGCCAAGUACUCAAGAGCAGAACGUGAGUUAAAACAAGUGAGGCCUAUUGGUGAUGGGGCCAAGCAGUUUUAUGAAAAGGCUGAGGUUGGACCAAUUGCUGAACAGCCACAGAAGUUGGUUAUUGCUGUGACUUCUGAUAGAGGUUUGUGCGGUGCCGUACACACCAGCGUGGCCCGUCACAUCCGUAACGAGCUCGCCCUGGACGAACAGAACAUCAAAGUCGUGUGCGUCGGCGACAAAUCCCGCGCCAUCUUGUCCCGCAUCUACGGCAAAAACAUUAUCCUAGCCUGCAACGAGAUCGGACGUUUGCCUCCAACUUUCUUGGACGCCUCCAAAUUGGCCGACGCCAUCUUGAAGUCCGACUACAAGUUCAGCACCGGCGAAAUCGUCUACAACAGGUUCAAGUCGGUGGUCUCCUACAACACCCAGACUUUGCCCGUGUUCAGCCUUUCCUGCGUCACGGCCGCGCCAAAGUUGUCCGUGUACGAUUCGCUCGACGACGAGGUCGUCCAAAGUUACUUGGAGUUCUCUCUGGCCUCCCUGCUCUUCUACUCGAUGAAAGAGGGCGCUUGCAGCGAACAGUCGUCGCGCAUGACUGCCAUGGACAACGCCAGCAAAAACGCCGGCGAGAUGAUCGACAAGCUGACUCUCACCUUCAACAGAACCAGACAGGCUGUCAUCACCAGAGAACUCAUCGAAAUUAUCUCUGGUGCUGCAGCCCUCGAUUAAUCAAUCAAUUUGUUACUAGGUUAACACAUAUUGCAUGGCUCCUUUUCUUUUCCUUUUUUUUAAUUUAAAUUAAGUAAGGUAAUAAUUGUGUAAUAAUAAGGUUUAAAGUCAUGUAAUAUGCCACUAGUAAUGCGGUGCACGUAUGUAAAAGUGAAGCUGGAUGAUACCAACAGCGAGAAUAAGCCCAAAGUCUCUGAAUGUAACACCUCUUAUUGUUUUAAAUCCUAUUUACUGUUAUAUACUAUAUACUGUCCAUGUGGCUAUUAAUAAAAUUAUAAUAAACACCUU